UUUGAUAUUUUUGGAUAUUUUUUCCUUGGUCACUCUUAAUUUGAAAGCAACGCGGUUUCAACUUCCGUACCAAGAAUCGUAUGUGAAAAGUGAAAAAAACUCAAUAUGAAUGUAAAAUCAAAUUAUACAAAUCAAAUUAUACGGCACAGCUAAGUGCACGCAUUGCGAUAAAGUUAUAAAGACUAGUGGAAAUACUUCGAAUCUGUAGUCGCACCUGCGAAACAAGAAUGCAGAAAUUUUCGCAAAAUGCACGCAAAAGAAGGAAUGUAUGUUGGCAUAUGUGUGUAUCUGUCAUCGAACUUGAAAAAGUACUGACAAUAAGCGAAUCUUUUAAGAAUGCUGCAGCCUUUAAAGAAAAUGGAUAUAAGACCAAGGAAAUCAAUGAAGCAUUAGUUUACAUGAUUUGUAAGGACAACAUGCCAGUACGAUGUGUUGAAAAAGAGGGCCUCAGAGGACUUCUUAAAAAGUGUGUGCCGCACUUUAAAAUCCCUUGCAGAUUCACGAUAACAAUGAUUGAAGAAAAAUACAACCAGUGCGUUGGGGCUGUGUUACAAAUGCUUAGCAACGUUAAUGACGUUGCGUUUACCUGCGACGGCGUUACCAUACCCAACUCAACUCGCUCGUUCCUGACCAUCACGGGGUAUUUCAUCGAAAAAGAGUCGCUGAAUUCAAUUUGCCUUGCAUCGUCAAGAAUGGUUUCCGAUGUUACAAAACCGGAUGAAUGUUUGGAUGAUUUUAUGAGCUCGCACAAUCACUCAAUCCAAAAAGAGUUAAGCAGUGUGUCAGAGCACAUUAAGGAGCUGAAAUUGUACUUCAGCUUGCCUCAAGCUGAAAUCCCAUAAAGCGACCAUGCCAGGCCUUUAUAAGGUGGCCCUUAAAUGUUUAAUAACCCCGGGUAGCUCGGUGCCGUCGGAGCGGCUGGCAUCGGCUAUCAAAUAUGUUGUGUGCGACGCGAGGAGCAGGAUGACGGACACACACAUAACCCAACGCGUGUUUUUAAAAUCACUAAAUUCUAAACAUUGGAUUUAAUUUUUUUAUGCCAUAAAAUAUAAGUUAAGUUUAUAUAUA